AUGAGGGACUUUUUCCAGCCUUACAAAGAGAGUGGGGAGGAAGGUCCCAUCCUGGAAAUGGACAAUAUGAGGAGCCAAUCCCCUGAGAACGUUGAGGGCGCAUCACCAGUGUCAGAUAAAGAGGGUGGGCUGGAAACUGUUGAGGAUGUAAACUCAAGUGAUGGUGAACAGGGUGAAUAUGAAAGUAAUGGAGCCAGAGAAAAUGAUGAUGGUGGUGAUGAAGCAGGACAUGACGAUCAGGCGGAGGAGGGUGGGGUAGAGGAAGAGGGGGAUGAAAAAAAACCAGAAGUGCAGCCUCAAGCUGAAGAGAAGGAAAGCUUACAGAUGAACCCUCAAGAGGAAGAAACAGGCUCAGUGCCGGUAGAAGAUACUCCAGCUUCCCCUACCGAAGAGGACUCUUCCUUCAUGCAUGAUGCGCCUGCGUCUCCCCCUGCUGAAGAAAGUCCAUCAUCUCCACUAGAAGCGACACCAUCUCCUCCUACCCCUGUUGAUGUGCCGGCAUCGCCAACGGAAGAUGUGGUCCCUGGGGCAUCACCUAUAGAGAGUGGAGAGGCCUCAUCGGCACCUGUCUCUCCUGAAGAAGUGCCAGCAGAUGAGCAAUCAGCAGAGGUUUCAGGAGAAGGUGAAGAUGUGCAAGAAAACGACGAAAAAAGGAUCGCAGACAUCAAUGAAGGCGACGAAGAAGACACACAGGACAAUGCAUCUUCGCCAAAGAAAAUCGAAAGUCCCGAAGCUGAACCAGAAGAAGAGGAGGGGAAGAGCUGGAAGAGAGCAGUUUAG